CCGGACCUCUAUGGUGUCCUCGAGCCCUGCGCGCCCCUCGAGGGAGCCGUCGGAGUGAGGCCCCGGGGAGCCAUGGCCAAGUACCUGGCGCAGAUCGUGCUGGUGGGGGUGCAGGUGGUGGGCCGAGCCUUCGCCCGGGCGCUGCGGCAGGAGUUCGCAGCCAGCCAGGCGGCGGCGGACGCUCGCGGGCGCGGAGGGCCCCGCUCGGCGGCAGCCCCCAGCGCGUCCGGGCUCAGCCUCCAGGAGGCCCAGCAGAUCCUCAACGUGUCCGGACUCGGCCCCGAGGAGAUUGAGAAGAAUUAUGCCCAUUUGUUUAAGGUGAACGACAAAUCCGUGGGGGGAUCUUUCUACCUGCAGUCAAAGGUGGUGAGAGCCAAGGAGCGGCUGGAUGAGGAGCUGCAGAUCCAGCACCGGCAGGAGCACAAUCCAGAGCGCAAGCCGGACACGUAGCGAACCGUCCUGCCCACACCAGCCUCCCGCUUAAGUUAUUGCUAGCCAAUAAAUUGCCCUUGUUUA